UGGUGGUACCUCCCGCUGCAGUAACGAGCCGCAACAUUCAGAGAUACGUUGUCGUUUGGGGAAAUAAGGAAGAAUUUGUCGGUUUAAAUAAACAUGUAUGGCUUUGUCAAUCACGCCUUGGAGCUGCUUGUUCUGAGAAAUUAUGGCCCUGAAGUAUGGGAAGACAUCAAGAAGGAAGCACAGCUGGAUGUCGAAGGCCAGUUCCUGGUCAGAAUCAUUUACGAGGAUGCCAAAACAUAUGACCUGGUGGCAGCCGCAAGCAAAGUUCUCAAGAUCGACGCCGGUGACAUUCUGCAGAUGUUUGGAAAGAUGUUCUUUGAGUUCUGUCAGGAAUCCGGAUAUGACACUAUCCUGCGUGUGCUGGGUUCCAACGUCCGAGAGUUCCUGCAAAACCUGGAUGCCCUCCAUGACCACCUGGGUACCAUCUACCCGGGCAUGAGGGCGCCCUCCUUCAGGUGCACCGACGCCGAGAAGGGAAACAGCCUCAUUCUGCACUACUACUCGGAGAGGGAGGGAUUGCAGGACAUCGUGAUCGGCAUCAUCAAGACGGUGGCCCAGCAGAUCCAUGGCACCGAAAUCGAGAUGAAGGUCAUCCAGCAGAAGAGCGAAGACUGUGACCACAUCAAGUUUCUGAUCGAAGAGAAGGACUCCGAGGAGGAGGCGUUCUACGAAGACCUGGACGGGUUUGAGGAGAACGGCACCCAGGAGACACGGAUCAGCCCGUACACUUUCUGCAAGGCCUUCCCCUUCCAUCUCAUGUUUGACCGGGACCUCGUGCUCACCCAGUGCGGGAACGCCAUCUUCCGUGUCCUGCCGCAGCUCCAGCCCGGGACCUGCAGCCUGCCGUCGGUCUUCUCCCUGGUGCGACCGCACAUCGACUUCAGUUUCCACGGCAUCCUGUCGCACAUCAACACCGUCUUCGUGCUGAGGAGCAAGGAGGGCCUGCUGAACGUGGAGGCCCCCGAGUGCGAGGAUGACUUGACGGGAACCGAGAUCAGCUGCCUUCGGCUCAAGGGCCAGAUGAUUUACCUGCCGGAAGCGGAGAACAUCCUCUUCCUGUGCUCCCCCAGCGUGAUGAACCUGGAUGACCUGACCCGGCGGGGGCUGUACCUGAGCGACAUCCCGCUGCACGAUGCCACGCGGGACUUGGUGCUGCUCGGGGAGCAGUUCCGCGAGGAGUACAAGCUGACUCAGGAGCUGGAGAUCCUGACCGAUCGGCUGCAGCACACCCUGCGCGCCCUGGAGGACGAGAAGAAGAAGACGGACAGACUCCUUUACUCGGUCCUGCCCCCAUCGGUGGCCAAUGAGCUCCGGCACAAGCGUCCAGUCCCCGCGAAGCGCUACGACAACGUCACCAUCCUCUUCAGCGGCAUCGUGGGCUUCAACGCCUUCUGCAGCAAACACGCCUCGGCCGAGGGCGCCAUAAAGAUCGUCAACCUGCUCAACGAUGUGUACACCAGGUUUGACAUCCUGACAGACUCGAGGAUGAACCCCUAUGUUUAUAAGGUGGAGACGGUCGGGGACAAGUACAUGACCGUGAGCGGGCUUCCCGAACCGUGCGGACACCACGCAAAGUCCAUCUGUCACCUGGCCCUGGACAUGAUGGAGAUCGCCGGCCAGGUCAAAGUGGACGACGAGCCCGUUCAGAUUACCAUCGGAAUCCACACGGGAGAAGUGGUGACAGGGGUCAUAGGGCAGCGGAUGCCUCGUUACUGCCUGUUUGGAAACACGGUCAACCUGACGAGCCGCACCGAGACAACGGGCGAGAAGGGGAGAAUUAACGUUUCAGAGUAUACCUACAGGUGUCUGCAGUCGGAGGAGAAUGCGGACCCUCAGUUUCACCUGGAGUACCGCGGUCCAGUUGCUAUGAAGGGUAAAAAGGAACCGAUGAAAGUGUGGUUCCUGUCCCGGAAGAGCGCCGAGGCUGAAGCGUGACCGGGAUGGAGACUCCAACACGCUGAAAGCUAUUAAGGAAGCCAGGAAAGUAUUAUUGUCAAAUAAGCGUAUUCUUACAUUAAUUACGUGCCACAUUAAUAUAUAUGUGAUACGUUUAAAAAUAUUUUUGAGACGGCUUCAGUUUCUUCCUAUCCAUUUACGUAUGUUUCUUACAUCACCCACCGAGAGAAAUAAAGCGACCAACUAAAGUAACACUUAUUUUAAAUACACAACAGAGUGUUGUACAUAUUAUUUGUGUAUACAUACUAUAUUUAAUUUAAAAAUAUGCAUAGAAUGGUAUAUUUAGUGGUUUUGUAGUCUACACAUCUAUCGCUAAGCUGAGCACUGACUCAACUGCAGGUGUUUACUCGUGAAGCGAUGCAACAUCCGAGUUCACUUUUACAUCCGCCACUUUUUUUUUCGUGAGAAAAGAAAGAUGUUUUGGUAAACUGUAUUAAAUAAUGCAUUCGUCACUAUGUAUCGCAGCGAAAUGUGCAAUGUAUUAUAUAUUCUUUUUUACUUAUGUAUCAUGAUUGUCACUGUGUACCCUCCUGGUUUUUAAUUUGUAUUUUUUAAAGUGAGGUGAAGAUUUUUUUUUUAUAUUCGCACACACGUAUUGAUGCAAGAAUUGAGGGUUCUGGUGGAAAAGCGUCACUUGAAAACACUUGGUCUCAGUUCGUAAUUGUAGGACCAAAUUACAUGGGAGUCUGCAGGGGGAGGGUAAAUUUUACCUGAAGACGGUGUCAAGGAGGGGACUCUGGUCACGUCACUGCGUUUCCAUGCAAAACCUUUGACUUACAUGUGCCAAGUGCCUCGCAAAAUAGCGUGCAAUUUUGUACCAUGAGGAAGAAGAGCCUUUCCUGAUAAAUAAAGAGAAACAAAGAUGA